AUGCUCAGCAAAAAAACUCAUAGACAAGCAGAUCUAGAAGACUCUUUUGUAAUUGAGACCAAUGAGAUUUACAAAAAACAGUUCAAACUCAAUCUAACUAUGAAUCUGAUCGUGAUUAUACUUGCUAUAUUUACUGCUCUUUUCACACCGUGGUAUAAGUUUCCAUUUCUUGAUAAUGAUAAAUGUAAAAAUAAUGUCCAUGAAAUCAAAAUUCAUAUGCUCUCCUAUCUAGGUCAUUAAACUAACAUUAAGCUCAUUUCAAACCUUAAGGAUGAAGAAUGCAAGUUCAUAAAAUGGAAUCCAUUAAAUGUUUGCGAUAAUUUGAAUGUGUUUCUCACUGGAGGGAUAUCUGUUUUAGCCUUGAAUACUUUUGGAGCAAUUAUGAGUGCAAUUGGAGCAGUAGCAUCACUUAACACCAUCAGAAAUAAUACUUUGACUAUGAGUUUUGCAUAGAAAUACACAUCAGUCUUUUUCAUUACUGGCUUUUUGAGUUGGUUUUUCAUGACUGGGGGCUUUAAAGGAUUAACUUUCUGCUAGCAAUAUCUUAAUGUCUAUAUUCAGGAAAAAGCUUAAAACUAAUUUGCUUACCUAGUAGUACUUGAAAGAAAGUCUUAUUUGAGAAGCGGAGCUUAGACUGCGAGGCCUUCGACUACAAUGGGACUAAGCACAUUAUCAGUCACAAAUUCAUAGAAAGAAUCGAUUACCUUUAGACCCUAGUCAUUACCAAAGCAUCUUUUGAGAUAAUAUGUAGAUGAAGAGCAGUUUAAAUUAUUUGAACAGAUGACUGAAUUUACAAGAGAGUUUCAUGAAGCCUGUGACAAUAUUAAGAGAGUUGAAAAAGAAAUCACAAAUGAAUUACAGAAACAGAUUAAUAUCAACAGAAAACCACAAAGUCUACCAGAGAUGUACACGACAAACCUCUAACCGAUGAAUAUGAUUAGGAAGAAGCUAUGGUAUCGCUUGUACAAGUAUUGGCACGAGCCUUUCAUAGAAAAAAACUAUGAUGAUGACAAGCUAUUACUAUUGAAAUAAUAAAAUGCCUACAAGAAGAGGAUCAAGAAGCGUUAGUAAGAGAAGAAACUGUAGAAUAGCAAGCUAAAGAAAUCAGCUCAAAUGAUAUAGAUGCAGUAAAAAGAGCAAGAUGCAAAUGAUUCAGACUCUGUGGAUCUAGAAAUGCUGAUUUAAGAGCAGUAAAGGUAAAAAAACGAAAAUGAUGAGAGCAAUCUUACAGAUGAAUUCAUGAAUGCAGAGGAUGAUCCAGAUAAUGAUGAAAUGGCCUAGAUAAUAUCAAAGAGAGUCGAUCCUUUCAAUAUCAAUCAUAAGAAGAAUUAGAAUCUUUAUCGAGACACGCUUCUUGAAUGCAUUGGCUUGAAACCACAUAAGUUAAUAAAAAAUAUAGCGUUGCCGCAGUUCUAUGUGAGAUAGCAUAAAAAAUAGAGGAAGUCACAAUAGUAAAAAAGAGAACUAUUUGAUAAUUUCAUCUAAGUAUGCGAUCCGAACAAGAAAAGAGUCAAGGAAACUAAGAUCUACAUUUAGGACAAAAUUAAAAGCUAUAUCGGUAACAUUGAAUAAGGAAUUAAUGAAAAACUCAACUAUCUUAAAACGCUAGAUUCAGUCAAAUAAGAGAUAGUUAGUAAGUCCUAGAAAUUGCAAGAUUUUAAUGGCAAUGGAAGUUAUGAAAAGUAAAAAAGAAUCAUAAAAAUCGAAAAAAUCAUUAGACCUAGUGAUUAUGAGGAAGUUUUUAUGAGUAAAAGAAGAUAAAGUUAGUACUAGGAGGCGGAGUUAAUACUCCCUUCUAAAUUUCUCUCAGCUUAAAAGAAAGUCCUAGAUUUAGAAAGAAGAGGGUCUAAGGAGAGUCUGCUCAGUGAGAGAUCUAGCAAGACAAACAGAUCCAAUAUACGGGGUAACUAAUUAAGCAUACCUUAAUCCAAGGUCUUAACUUCGAUUCAAUAGUCAACAAUGGUAAACACCCGCCGAAAUUCAACAAAAUAAGGUUCACCUGCUAAUUAGAGCUUCAGGACACCUAAUAAAAAAGAGAAUCACAAUUUUGAGACUGUGGCUUAACUAUUCAGCCCAAAUCAAUAUCUUGAAGCUAAAAUGCCUAAGUAUGCUAAGUUCAAUGACAACCAAAGUAAAUAUUAGUUAAGGAAGUUUCAUGAGCGAAUAGAAUAAUCAUCCUGGAAAACUGAUAAUAAUUUAGCAUUUUAAGAAUCGAGAGCUAAUAGAGUCAACUAUCCUUGCCUGCAUACUGGAACAUUACUUGAGAAGGCAAGUGAAACCUUGAAAUCUAAGGUUGCUUAGGCAAAAAUCAUUAAAAUAAAUAAGGCAAAUUAAUAGGAGUGGUUGGACUAAAACUUGAAGAAUCAAAAACUUCAUAAAAUUGCUGAUGGCUAGAUUGAGCUAGGCUAUGAUUUAGAUGAGGGGAAAUAGAAAUACAUCAAUCAUCUUAAAGAAGAACUUGACAGCUAAGAUGAAGAUGCUCUUGAAGCUCUAAAUAGAAGCUUAUCAAAUACCGAUGAUUUUAGUCUUAAAGAUUUCCAGGCAAUUGCAAAGCAAAUAAAAAUGACUCGUUUAAAGAGUAAAGAGUCACCUAAGAAAAACACCCAGCAAAAUACUUUGUCAAAUAAUUAUCAAACAACAAGGUAACAGUCAUUUGAUAAGUCUCCUUUCUCAAAUGAAGUUUAGACCCCUAAAAGCACCAUCACUAAUCAGAGGUUUCAACUGCAUUCUGUUUAAAGUGCUAGAUAAUCAAAUGGACAAAAAAAUAAAUAUGGGGGAAUUAUGGAAACACAGAGCAGUAUCAGCACUUCAAAAUAGUUUAAAAAUGCUGCUUCUGCCAAAGAAAUAGUUUAAAAUGAAAACGUAAAAAAGGCUAAUGAACUAUUUGGAUUAUGCAAGGAUGUCCUCAGGGAGGGCGUUUAACUAUAAAAUAAAGUAUAAUCCAGAGAGCAAAAGAUUAACUUGAAUUUCGAUCUGAUUAAGGAUAGAGUAAGUCAUAAUAUUUAAUUAGCAGAGGAUGAUGUUAAAGUUAGUGUUGAAGAUUUUCACAAUAAGAAGCAUAUUUUCAUCUAUAAUAAAGACCUCAGCAAAGGAUAUUUCUUGAGAAUAGAUCCAUAAAGAAUAAAUGAAAUCGCAAGAAGAUUACACACAUUUAAAUUUAAGGAGCCAAGGAUCAUUGCACCUGAUGAUGCUCAAGCUGAAAUUAUAGAAAAGUAAAGACUUGAAAAAUACUACCACAAGAAAUUUAAGUCUGAAGAUCUAGAUGCUAAACAAUUAAGACCGAAAUACACAGAGAAAUUUAUAUCAAAAGUUUAAGCAGUAACUGAAAUGUGUAAUAUGAAGUUAAAAGAGAAGUUAAACCCAUAAAACAUCACUUCUAAAAAAUAGAGGUGA